GAAUCAAUCUUGUCUCAGCAACAAGAAAGAAAGAUGGAUGUUACUGUUCGGCAAGAGACUCAUACAAGCCCAUCUCCUCGACAAAGUAUUCUCAAAACCAAUUCGAUGACCCCUACCUCCGAUAGAACGUUACCAUGGAAGUCUUUUAUCCUGCUUCUCCUCCUGGCAAUGGAAGUGCACAAUUAUGGAAGGAUGUCUGGAGAAAUCUCGAUGAUGGACAUGUGUGCAACUUUGAGUACCCGUUACGCUUCCGAGCCAACAACAACAGCAUUAAUGAAAUCGUCGAUGACAUCGUCGCCGACACCGACACCCGAAAAUAAGAAUACAAAUGAUGCCGAUUAUUCAAAAGCGCAUGAGCAAUCCUUGGGCUUCUUCAAGAAUAUCCCGUCGUCCGAAUGGAAACUCUUACAGGAAAAAGUCUCCGCCAUGUCCCCAAAUUUCGAUGACAAUAUGUUCAAAACCUCACUUUCACGGAGAAAAAACAAAAUUUAUGGCUAUUUUUGGCAACACCAUUAUGAACCCGACUUUGUUUGCCAGCACGAAAGGCGUGUUGGAAAACGCGGUGAUGGUGGCAAGUGGAUCUGUGACCCCCAUCGCAUUGCCCAAAAAGUAGAAGCAGGAGGACGAUGCCUUAUUUAUAGUGUGGGUUCCUUCAACAAUUAUAAAUUUGAACAAGGUGUCCAAAAGGACGUUCACGAAAAGUGUGAGAUCCACACAUUCGAUCCUGGAGACUAUGAAUCAGGAGCCAAGAAAGCUGGAGGAGAUAUCACCUACCACCGGGUCGGAGUAAGCACAGACAAAGUUGGUCCGAAAGGGAUAUACAAGUCCUUACCCACGUUGGUCUCUGAGCUAGGCCAUCAAAACUCAGAGAUCGAUGUCUUCAAGAUUGACUGCGAAGGCUGCGAAUUUGAAAGCGCAUCUAAUUGGUUCGAAGCCUCGGCCAAAUACAAUGUGACCCUCCGUCAGAUCCUUGUAGAGCUCCAUGGUAGAAAGGAAGCGAGAGUAUUCAGCUUUUUUGAUCUGAUGUAUAAGCACGGAUACGUCAUCUUCCACAAGGAACAGAACACAAUAGCAAUGAAUAUGAAUGGAACGGCGAUCGAGUAUGCGUUUUUGAAGCUUGAUCCGGCUUUUGUCAACGCCAUCCCAAGAGCCAAUGCAUAUGAAACAUUUCGAACAAUGACUGGCGAAUAAGUAGUCUAACCAAAUAUGACAUUGCCCCAGUCGGUACAAGAUCGUUUGACUUGAGGUGAACAGGCUGGGAUCGAGUGGAAUGCAUGGUUUAAACGAAAUGGCUAGCCUUGUCCACGCUUCUUUGCAACGCGAUUGUUUGUGUUGUGUCUACGUGGUUGAAGAUUUAUGGAAUGGAUUUAGUGAUUGACAAGCGCUUGCUGCUUUACCGUAUUUGAGUGCAUGUUUCACCCAACUACACUUUCAGCUUGGAAAAAUGAGAAAGCAAAACAUGAGCCAUAGCGGUCACAACAUACCGUCGAAGUCGAAACGCUAUGAUGGCGAUACCAACACCAACAUCGUCAACAGGCUGCAAGAAAAUGAUGCCGAGCUGCAUUCAACCAAGCCGGCUUCAGCAAUCCUACAUUCCCAACAGUAGCGGCAACAAAAGUAACAUACAUUAGCCAUUUCGGGAACUUCAUCCAAUGUCAACGUUUUCUACUCGUAGACUAUUACUUUAAUUUAAUGAUACAUUGCCGAAGAUAGCAGCUAUGAUUGAAGCAACGGCAAAAAUUAGUAGGAUCACCAGCACCAGCUUUUGUGUCCUUUUGGAUGCCACUUUCCAUGGUUUGUAUACAUUCACACUGCCACAGGGGUCGCCUCUCUCUAACGAAUGAAGCGCUAGAAGGAGAGGUAAAAUGAAGGCAAGCAAACUCGUGAAUAUUAUCCCUCCCCACGAAAGUAACUGGAUGACAGCAUCGCCCUGAUAGAAUAACCAAGAAAAACAGAAGGGAAAAUAGACUGCUAGCCCAUUGGCAGUACCUCUUGACAAAAAUGCAUUUCCAUCCGUAAGAUUCAUGCGAGCCAGUAUGCUAAAUAGUGGACACCCCAGACCGAUGAUGAAAAAAGCGAAAAUAGAAGCGCAAAGCUGCAUUGCUGUACCGAACACCCCAGACAUGAGAGACUCAAGCAUAUUCUGCGAUGCAUGUGGCAUCGUGAUUGCCCCGAGUAUGCCAAUUGACAAAUACAGAAUUGACGUCAGUAGAGAGGAAGAAUGUACGACUAGAGGGACAUUCACUCCUGGCUCUUUUUCGUACAACCUUUUCACAAAAUAAUCGACAUUGGAUGGAUCAGAAAAGGAAAGGAGUCGGACCAAAAAUUUGAGCAAAGAAAGCAAAUAUAAUCAAGAAAGGAGGCCUCAACAACGAAAAUGAAUGACAAUAUUGCGGUGUAACCUUCCUUACCAAGCUGGAAUAGCAAUGACAAGUGCGAAGUUAAAAAGCACCACUCCAAAUAGAGAACCCCACUCUGUACCCCAAAAUGAUAUGUUUCUCAAAUCAAACCCCGAAGACAAAAAUAGGAUGACAAAUCCUAGAGACGUAACCAAGAGGACCAAAAACCCAAUGACUUGCAUCGCUGCAUUUUCCUUCAAGUCCAUAAUUGCCAUCGGAAGGAAGGUCAACACUGUGAUGGCAUAGCCGAGUGUCAACAAAAUUCCUUCUUCAUUGAGGAACGGGACACAUUCCCCAGAGAUCAAGACCUCUUCGGAACAAAUAUUGUAAUCCCAA